CCCCCCCCCCCCCCCCCCUCUUUCCCCAGGUUAAACAACCCAUCCAUAGCCGGAGAACGUCAGAAGAAUCCAGAGGCACCCCCGAGUUUGUUGGAGAUGUUGCGCGCGGGAGGAAGCCGGCUCGUCGCCCCCGGACUCCGGCGUCUCCUCGGCCCGGGCGCCGGCGAGAGGGCGGCGCCGGGGCUGGCGGCGGCGGGGGCGAGGGCGUACCACGAGCGGGUGGUGGACCACUACAACAACCCGCGGAACGUCGGGUCUUUCGACAAGGACGACCCCAACGUCGGCACCGGGCUGGUCGGCGCGCCGGCCUGCGGCGACGUCAUGAAGCUGCAGAUCCGUGUCGACGAAGGCACCGGGAAGAUCGUCGACGCCUGCUUCAAGACCUUCGGCUGCGGCUCCGCAAUCGCCUCGUCCUCCGUCGCUACUGAAUGGGUGAAGGGAAAGCAAAUGGAGGAAGUAGUGAGUAUCAAGAACACUGAGAUUGCAAAGCACUUGUCACUUCCACCAGUAAAGCUCCAUUGCAGUAUGCUUGCUGAAGAUGCAAUUAAAGCUGCCGUGAAAGAUUAUGAAUCAAAGAAGGCGAAGCUGGGAGACAGCCCUGCAGAGAAGGCUGCCGAAGCAUGAAGAUGAUAUAUGGUUCUGUUCUAUGAGGGUGGGAAAUGAUGUGCAAUGUUCACACACUCCAGUGUUGUAGCAUGUAUCAUAAGGAUGAACACGAACAGUUUGAAAUAAAUGUGCUGUCAUGUUAGAAGUUGUUCAUGUAUAGCAGCUGCUACGAAAAUUUGUGCAUGUAUAGCAACUGCUUGGAAGUCGUAAUGUAUACUGUCAUUUGCCCGUUCCAAAAACACUCGGUUCUAUAUUGUUGGUUAUUUUGUUGAA